GUCUCUAGGCCCGCACUGCUCUCCAACUCCCAAGAUCCCUGGGACAUCAAAGAAUAAGGAUAAGCAGCCCCUUGGGAUGGCUAAAAGUUGAGCUGCACUCAUGGGCAAAGCCUGUUCUCCUGCCUACAGGGAACUUAGUGACCAGGCCGUGCCAGCCUUCUCCGAGACGGACACGGACAUGGGAGAGCAAAUGCCAACAAGGAUUUUCAGCUGUGCCAAGGGACGUUUGGGUUGGACCUUAGGAAGUGCUUUUGCCCAGAGAGGGGCAUAAGACAUUGGAAUUGCCUGCCUGGGGUGGUGGUGGAGUCCCCGGUGUGGGAGGUGUUCAAGGAAAGCCAUGGUGUGGCAACCAAGGCUCUGCUGGAGUUGCCAUGGUGGGGGUGGGUCCCCGCGUGCACUCAGUCAUCUCACGGGGCUCUCCAAAGCCAACGAUUCCACGAUUCUGUGACAUCGCAGCCUCCGGGGCAGUGCGGUGCCUGGAAACUGUCCCCAGCCCGUCAACGCGCCCACAGCACGGGCAGACGCUGCCGAGCACAGACGUGUGCAGAGCGUGUGGCGGCAGCUCAGCCUGCAGCAGCACCAUGGCUGGCCGCGGCUGGCAGUGGCUGCUGAGAGUCUACGUGCUCCUGAUGCUGGCCCGUCCCCUCAGUCCUGAGGGGCACACGGGCACCUGGCGCCAGCUGCCCGAGGACGUGGAGCAGCGGGACACGGGCCCUGAGACGACCCCCCUGCGAGUGGUGGCAGCAGUUUCUUUGGCUGCGUUCAUCCUGCUGCUGCUGCUGAUGGGAAUUCUCCUCAGACGGCGCCUUCGCAGAAAGCUCCAGAGCCGGUGGGGAGAGGAGAAGCUCCAGAGCCCCGCGGUCCCUGCAGAGCCGUUCUGCUACGGGGGACACGGCUGCGGCCAGGAGCUGCUGGAGGUGCCGAGGCACAGCCCUGCCCUGGUGGGGCCGUCCCUGAGCUACAGCUCUCUGCAGAGGCACAGCCCUGCCCUGCUGGGGCCGUCCCUGAGCUACAGCUCUGUGCAGAGACACAGCCCUGCCCUGCUGGGGCAGUCCCUGAGCUACAGCUCUCUGCAGAGACACAGCCCUGCCCUGCUGGGGUCGUCCCUGAGCUACAGCUCUGUGCAGAGACACAGCCCUGCCCUGCUGGGGCAGUCCCUGAGCUACAGCUCUCUGCAGAGGCACAGCCCUGCCCUGCUGGGGCCGUCCCUGAGCUACAGCUCUGUGCAGAGGCACAGCCCUGCCCUGGUGGGGUCUUCUCUGAGCUACAGCUCUGUGCAGAGGCACAGCCCUGCCCUGAUGGGGUCUUCUCUGAGCUACAGCUCUGUGCAGAGGCACAGCCCUGCCCUGAUGGGGUCUUCUCUGAGCUACAGCUCUGUGCAGAGGCACAGCCCUGCCCUGAUGGGGUCUUCUCUGAGCUACAGCUCUGUGCAGAGGCACAGCCCUUCCCUGGUGGGGUCUUCUCUGAGCUACAGCUCUGUGCAGAGGAACAGCCCUGCCCUGGUGGGGCAGUCCCUGAGCUACAGCUCUCCGCAGAGUCUCAGGCAGCAGAGAGUAGCAAGCGGCGGCCUUUGGAAGAGGAGCGCACUGUGCUUCUCCGCUCAGCUCUGA